AUGGAUAGCACUUAGAUUGUUUUACCUCCUCAUCAUUAUCGUUGGUUGAAUGGAUAUGAAUACUAAGAUCUGCUUUUGAAUGCUCUUAAUCAGAACAUACCUAUUUUUGAUUCCCAUCCAUAGGAUAUUUAUUACCAACUAAAAAAUUUUAGAUGGUUACCUAUAUAUCUUAAGGUCAUCCACUUUAAGCAAUAUUGGGUUUCCUAGAUUGAAGGAUAAUUCUAAGAAAUAGUUUAAAUGGAAAAAGAUGAAUUUUUAGACUCUACUUCCAAAACAUAAACCCUAAGUGUCAUAUAUUGUUUGUAGUACAGAAACAGAUAUUCCUCAUUUUCGUAUGCACAUAGUUUAAUUGUAUGGUCAAAUGAUAAACCUGGGAUCCUUCUUUGUCAUAUUCGUCUAAUUAAUAAUUCAAUUUCAUCCUUAACCCAUAUUUAGACUCAUUCUUAUUAGACUUAUGAAGAGAUACGUAAUUGUAAGUAGCGUCAUACUGAUUGCAUUACAAAGUCAUUGGAGGUUGCUCUUGAGGUUGAAUAAGUUUAAUUAAGACUUACAUUAUUUGAUGAUGAUUACAAUUAUUUAUAAUAGAAAUUUUAUACAUUCGAAUAAAGAUAGGAAAUCAUGAAAUUGUAUUCAAAUCUAGUCAAAAAGAAUCAAACAUUUGUAAAUGAGUUGAGAGAAUGUGAAGAAGUGUUGCAACGAUAUGAUUCUUUAUGA